AUGUCGGAGAUGGGUUCAUCAUUGAAGCGUGGUUCGAGUGAUAUUGGAUGGGAAUAUGCGGAGUUGGCGGAUGCUUCAAACUUGGAUAGGUGGAAGUGUAAGUUGUGUGGGAAAUUAGUCAGUGGUGGGAUAUAUCGAAUGAAGCAACAUAUUGCCCACAUCAAGGGAAAUGUGGCUCCUUGUAAAAAGUCUUCGGAUGAGGCUAAAGCCAAAUGCAAGAAUGUUAUUGAAGAGGCAAAUUCUAAGAAGAAACAAAAGAGUAGACAUGAAGCAAAAGUGAGGGAAGAAGUCAUUCUUGAAGGAGAUGAAGACAAUGAAGCGAGUCAAGGGACAAGAAGAAUGUCGCAUACUCUUGGGCCUAUGGACAGUUUUGCAUCCCCCAUCGAUCCGGAUUCUUCAUUGGAUGCAAGUAGGAAGAUGAGGCAACAAAAUAUCAAUGAUGUACUUUUCAAGCAAAGAACACAUAGUGUGCAUCAAUACUUGGCUAGAUGGGUGUAUAAAGCUCGGAUUCCUUUUCAUGCCAUUGAUAGUGAUAGCUUCAAGAGGUUUGUCGAAGCGGUUGGUCAAUUUGGCCCGGGUUACCGACCACAAAGCCAAUACCAAUUAAGGAAGCCAUUAUUGAAGGAAGAGGUAGAGAGAACUAAAAGUUCAUUGAAGAGACAAGAAGAAGAGUGGGCUUUGAAUGGUUGCUCUAUUAUGACCGAUGCUUGGAGAGACCGAAAAAGAAUAAGUAUCAUGAAUUUGUGUAUCAAUUGUGCGGAAGGCACAACUUUUCUUUCUUCUAAGGAAGCAUCAGAUGAGGCACACACCGAGACAUAUAUUUUUGAAUAUGUGGACAAGUGCAUUGAAGAUGUUGGACCACAAAAUGUGGUUCAAGUGAUGACGAACAAUGCUUCAAAUAAUAUGGCAGCGGGAGAUUUGAUGAAGUUGAAGAGGCCAAACAUAGUUUGGACUUCAUGUGCAACUCACACCUUGAAUCUUAUGCUUCAAGGAAUUGGCAACCUACCUAGAUUCAAAGGAGUGAUUGAGAAUGCAAAGAGCUUCACCAUCUAUAUUUAUGCACAUCACAAGACUUUGCCAUUGAUGAGGAAGUUUACAAAGAAAAGAGAUAUAGUGAGGCCGGGAGUCACUAAAUUUGCAACCGCUUUCCUCACUUUGCAAAGCUUGAUGGAGAAGAAGAAUGAGUUGAGGGAUGAUUACUAA